CCGAGCAUAAAAGCAAUCGCUGUUCUGCUCCUGCUGUUUUAUCGCAAUUUGCGUCUUUUAUUUCCGAACGGAGUUUCAAAGCGCGCGAUGGAUGCCCUGUUUUUGAGGUCGUGUCCGCUACUGCUGUUUCUCCUGCCUCUUUUUUUGUGGGACGCAUCUUCGGCUCAGGUCGCCUACUCGGUCACAGAGGAAGUGAAUAAAGGGACCGUGGUUGGAAAUAUGGCGAAAGACCUUAACUUCAACGCUCGCGAGCUGGAGGCACGCAUGUUUCAGAUCGUGUCUGGAUCAAGCAAGAAGUAUUUCGAGGUCAACUUGAAGACUGGCGAGCUGUUCGUGAACGAGAGGAUCGAUCGGGAGGAGCUUUGUCCUUCAAGUCAAACGUGUUCGUUGCAUCUUGAAGCUAUUGCGCAAAGCCCUUUGCGACUUUUUAGCGUCACUGUGAAUAUAAUGGAUGUAAAUGACAACGCCCCGUCUUUCCCUUAUAAAACGUAUGAUUUGAACAUUACAGAGCACGCGUUUGCUGGUGAGAGAUACCCUUUGCCCAAGGCGAGUGAUGCAGAUGUAGGCAGCAACUCGGUUAAGAGCUACAGGCUUAGCAACAAUGAAUAUUUUUCGCUGAACGUCCAGAGCGGUGGAGAUCAGAAUCUCUCACCACAGCUUGUUCUGCAGAAGGCUCUAGACAGAGAAAAGCAAGCCGUUGUGAAGCUCAUACUCACUGCUGUCGAUGGAGGUAAACCCCAAAGGUCUGGCACUCUUGACAUAACAGUUAAUGUAAUUGAUGUGAACGAUAACACGCCUGCGUUCAGCAAAGAGCUUUAUAAAGUGAGCAUCCCUGAGAAUGCAAUGUUUGGGACUCCAGUUAUUAAGCUUAAUGCUACUGAUCUGGACUCUGGAGUGAAUGGAGAGAUUGUUUACUCUUUGAUAAGCCACGGUAAGGAGAAGUGGGCAGACAUUUUUGCUAUAAACCCCUCCACUGGGGAAAUCACAGUAAAAGCGCAGCUGGACAGGGAAGAUACUGCUGCGUUUGAGCUUCACGCGCAGGCUCAGGACAAAGGCUCCUCGCCUCGAGCAUCUCAUUGCAAAGUUUUAAUCGAAGUGCUUGACGUGAAUGAUAACGCCCCAGCCAUUUCCGUCACCUCUCUCACGAGCGCGGUGAGAGAAGACGCCACAUCCGGUACUGCUGUUGGAUUGAUCACGAUUGCUGAUAAUGACGUAGGCAAAAACGGAGAGGUCAGUGCUAAAGUUAAAGAGCUCGGUCCAUUUAUACUUCAGUCAUCUUACAAAAACUAUUACUCAUUAGUGGUGGAUGGAUCUCUAGACAGAGAGCGCGUGCCUCAGUAUAACAUCACCAUAAUGGCUACUGAUAAAGGAACCCCUACUCUGUCCAGCAGUGUGGUUCUUACCAUUCUUGUUAUGGAUGUGAAUGACAAUGCGCCUCACUUUCCAGACAGUUUAAUGGUCUUUUAUGUGAAGGAAAACAGCCCAGCUGGAAAUGUAAUAGCCACAGUGACAGCAAAAGAUCCAGAUAUUAAUGAGAAUGCUCAAAUUGUUUAUUCUUUGAUUGGUCAGAGCAGUAUGGAAGGUUCCUGGUCACCUAUGGUGGACAUCAAUCCCUCAAGUGGUGAUAUAUACAGUAAACAGUCAUAUAAUUAUGAGGAAAUCAAAUCAUUCCAGUUUAAAGUCCAGGCCACUGACUCUGGAGCUCCUCCACUCAGCAGCAAUGUGACUGUGCACGUGUUUAUCCUGGAUGAGAACGACAACAGUCCAGUGAUCUUACCUCCUUACUCUGAAGCUGGGUCAGUAAACACCGAGAACGUCCCCUACUCUGCUGAAGGGGGCUACUAUGUGGCUAAAAUCCGAGCUGUAGAUGCCGAUUCUGGUUAUAAUGCGCUGCUGUCUUAUCACAUCACUGAGCCUAAGGGGACUAAUCUGUUCCGCAUUGGAAGCAGCUCUGGAGAAAUCAGGACUAAGAGGCGAAUGAGUGACCACGACCUGAAAACCCACCCACUUGUUGUGACGGUAUGUGACCAUGGAGAACCUUCACUAUCAGCUACAGUGACUGUCGAGGUUGUGGUGGUUGAAAGUCUGGACAGCGGGCAGCCUUCCCUAAGACAAGUGCCGAUGAAGGAGGAGGGCUUCUCUGAUCUGAAUCUGUAUCUGCUCAUCGCUAUUGUCUCAGUGUCUGUGAUCUUUCUGCUGAGCCUCAUCGGUUUGCUAGCGGCUAAAUGCUGCGGGUCAGAGGGCGGUUUGAGCAGGUGCAGCGGUCCAGUGGUCACUACACACCCUGACGGGAGCUGGUCUUACUCUAAAGCCACUCAGCAGUACGACGUGUGCUUCAGCUCAGACACGCUGAAGAGUGACGUUGUGGUUUUCCCCUCGCCGUUUCCGCCUGCAGACGCAGAGCUGAUCAGCAUUAAUGGAGGGGACACUUUCUCUCGGACACAGACUCUCCCCAGCUCUGGGAAGGUAAGGCUGUAA